AUGUCAAUCACCAGUGGCAGCAGGAAGAGGAAGAAAGCAGGGGAGCGCCCUCAGGGAACACAGGGUCAUGGUUGCCAGCAGCAAUGCCGGCAGGACCGUAGUGAGGCAGCUCUGAUUAAGCGCUUUAAAGGCGAUGGUGUCCGAUACAAGGCCAAACUCAUUGGAAUAGAUGAGGUCACAGCUGCACGGGGAGACAAACUCUGUCAGGAUUCAAUGAUGAAGCUGAAGGGAAUCGCAGCCUCAGCGCGCUCCAAAGGAGAACACAAGCAGAAAGUGUUUCUCACCGUCUCUUUUGGAGGGAUUAAGAUCUUUGAUGAGAAGACAGGGGUCCUUCAGCACCACCAUGCAGUUCAUGAAAUCUCGUACAUCGCCAAGGAUAUAACAGACCACCGGGCAUUUGGCUACGUCUGUGGGAAAGAGGGAAACCAUCGGUUUGUGGCGAUCAAAACCGCCCAGUCUGCUGAGCCGGUGAUCCUUGACCUCCGUGACCUUUUCCAGCUGAUUUAUGAGAUUAAACAGAGGGAGGAGAUUGAGAAAAAGGCACAGAAGGAUAAACAGUGUGAACAGGCUGUUUACCAGACUAUUCUUGAGGAGGAUGUGGAGGAUCCUGUGUACCAGUACAUUGUGUUUGAGGCGGGACAUGAACCCAUCCGUGACCAAUCAGAGGAGAGCAUUUAUCAGGUCCCCACCAGCCAACAAAAGGAGGGGGUGUAUGACGUCCCAAAGCGACAUCCUAAUGGUCAGAAAGACCAGUUCACUCUGCUGGAUCUUGAUGCUGACUUAUUGCUGGUCACUAAGAACAUCAACCAGUUAGAGCUUUUUGGAGACAUGUCCACCCCUCCAGAUAUUACCUCUCCCUCGACCCCGGCCUCCCCCGCCAACAGUCUGGAUCCCACGCUGGCCCAUCAGACCCCGUCUGAUCUGUUCUCCCCUUUCAGCCCCGCCUCUGUUCCCUCAGGUUAUGUAACUAUGGGAGCUGUCCCUCCAUCUCACUGGGCCCAGCAAUCCUUUGCAGCCCAGGCUCCACUGGCGUUUGGUGUCCAGUCUCCAGUGCCGGUGGCUCAGGUUCUGCCCGGCGGGCAGCCGGUCAUCUGGGGUCAGGCCAAUCUCUUCCCCGCCACGCAGCAGCAGUGGGCGGCCAUGGCUGGCGCCUUCCCGCCCACCGCCUUCAUGCCAGCCCAAACCGUAGGCCCUCUCCCCGCUGCCAUGUUCCAGACGCUGGCGCCUGUCGCCAUGCCGACAUCGUGCGAGACGCCAUCGAUGGCGGGGGCGACGGCGGGCACCUCGGCGUCCACGUCCUCGAGUCCGCAGCACGGGGACCGCUCGCGACAGAAGAUGAGUAAGGAAAUGUUUAAAGACUUCCAGAUAGCCAAGCCGCCAGUCAUGCCCAGCAGGAAGAGCGACCAGCCGAAUCUGGCCGGUACCACCGAUGCCUUCUCCAGCUACUUUAACCGCGUGGGCAUGGCCCAGGAGACGGACGACUGUGACGACUUUGAUAUCUCACAGAUGAAUCUGACACCAGUCACCUCCACCACACCCUCCACCAACUCACCGCCGACUCCAGCCCCACGGCAGAGCUCUCCGUCCAAGUCCUCGUCCCACGCCAGCGACCCGCCCACCGACGACUCGUUCGGGGAGGCGGAGGGCAGCCCCAGUCGGAGUGGGGAAGAGGACACUGCUGGAGGCUCUCAGUCUCCGUGUGUGAGUAAGCCUCAGGCAGACCCAGGCACUGAACAGGACAGCCCUCAGGGGAAGGACCCUCUCUACGCCCAGGUCAACAAAGGGAAGAAGUGA